UAUUUAUCAGUGGGUACGUACCUAGGUAAUUCACAUGGUGAAUUAAAAUUAUAGAAACAUAACAUUUACGUUCUGAUGAAAAUAUUCUGUUAUCGGUAGUUAUACUUCAUCCAGAAUUUUCAUAUUGCUUGCUAGAUAAAAAUGACCAAUAAGGCUAUUGAUAUUGGAUUUUUAGAAGAAAAAUCAAAUUGGUUAUUGCAUCCAAGAUUCUUUCCCAGUAAAGUUGGUGGAAAACCUGCUUGGUUAGAUUUAAAAAACCUCCCUAGUCCAUCAGAAUUAGUGUGCAAAAGAUGCAAUGAUCCUUUAAUAUUUUUAUGUCAAGUAUACAGCCCUUAUGAAGAGAAGGAUGAAUGUUUUCAUCGCACAAUUUUUAUUUUUAUUUGUAAAAAGGGGUCAUGUUGUCAAGUAAACGAUUCUGACAACUUUCUGGUAUUACGAUGUCAGAUACCUCGCAAAAAUGAUUAUUAUUCAUUUGAACCAUAUGAAGAAAAUGAAAAUGAGAUUUUCUCUACGGACAAAUGGCCCAAAUUAUGUUACAUUUGUGGUGCGAGAGCACCAUCUCACUGUUCAAAAUGCAAGAAAGUCUAUUAUUGCAGUCGUCAACAUCAAAUUCUAGAUUGGAAAAAUCACAAAAUAGAGUGUCCAAACCUACAGCAAACAGAUCCACCUAAUAGUAACUUUGUUGUGACUGAAGGAGCAAAAUCUUUACUUUUUAAAGAAUGGGAGCUCAUUGUUGAUGAAGAAGAUGAGGAAGAUCCCACAAAUGUUGACACAAAUCAGGAGAUGGAAAAGCUAAGGAAAAUGAUAGAAGAGAAAAAAGCUGGAACAAUGGAGAAUUUAAGUGAAAAAGAAUUAGAACAAUAUACAGGUAGUGUGCCGGAGGAUAAGGUUUUUAAUAAAUUUAGCAAAAGAAUAGCUCGGCAUCCCGAUCAAGUGUUGAGGUAUGAUAGAGCUGGAAUACCAUUGUGGAUCACCAUGAAUUCUGGAAAUCUUCCUAUACCUAACUGUAAAUACUGUAAUGGAGAAAGGCAUUUUGAGUUCCAAAUAAUGCCACAACUACUAAACUUCAUAAAUGUUGGAAUUGAAUUCAACAGUAUUGACUGGGGUGUAUUAGCUGUUUAUACUUGCAGGGAGAGUUGUAAUGAGGGCCCAGCAUAUAAAGAGGAAUUUUUAAUCAAACAGGACUUAACAACUUAGGCAUUUAUAUAAAUAACUAUAAAUAUUUACAAUAAUUAAAUAAAACAUCAUAACUCUA